GUUCACCUGCUGCCGUUGUCGUCGCCGCCGCCGGGGCUGGAUGGGGGGCCGAGGCCGGCUAGUGGCACCCGGGAGAAAGAGACGCGGCGGCGGCGACGCCGACACCUGCAGGACGAGUGUCCCGCGCUGCCUGCGAGCCCAAGGAGGAGGCGGCGAGGCCCGGUCCCCGCAGCCCCUGGUGUAGAGAGGUGACUCUCCGGGCACCCGCCCCUCAGGUUUCAUUCACACUCAGGACCUCGCGCUGCGCCAUGUUCAAGAAACUGAAGCAAAAGAUUAGCGAGGAGCAGCAGCAGCUCCAGCAGGCGCUGUCUUCGUCUCAGGCUUCCUCCAAUUCUUCAACACCAACAAGAACCAGAAGCAGGACGUCUUCAUUUACAGAGCAGCUUGAUGAAGGUACACCCAGUAGAGAGAAUGCGUCUGUCCAUGCCACGAAAGCUCCCGACAGUGUUAAUGGAAGUGAACCAACUACUCCCCAGCCAGGUGAUACGCAGUCUUUUGCACAGAAGCUCCAGCUCCGGGUACCCUCUAUGGAGUCUUUGUUCCGAAGUCCAAUAAAGGAGUCCCUAUUCCGAUCUUCCUCUAAAGAGUCCUUGGUACGAACGUCUUCCAGAGAGUCCCUGAAUCGACUUGACCUGGACUGUUCUACUGCCACCUUUGAUCCUCCCUCUGAUAUGGAGAGUGAGGCUGAAGACUCACUCGGGAGUUCAGACAGUCUCAGCAAAGAGCAGUUAAUUCAGCGGCUGCGAAGAAUGGAACGGAGUUUAAGUAGCUACAGAGGAAAAUGUUCUGAGCUUGUUACGGUUUGUCAGACUCUUCAGAGGGAGAAGAAAAAGCUACAAGAUAUAUUAAGUCAGAGUCAGGAUAAAGCACUUCGGAGAAUUGGAGAAUUAAGAGAGGAGCUCCAGAUGGACCAGCAAGCAAAGAAACAUCUCCAAGAGGAGUUUGAUGCAUCUUUAGAGGAGAAAGAUCAAUAUAUCAGUGUGCUCCAGACUCAGGUUUCUCUGCUAAAACAUCGAUUACAAAAUGGUCCGAUGAACGCUGAUUUACUUAAACCACUACCCCAGAUGGAGCCACAGGCUGAAGGCUUCACUAAGGAAGAGAAUGCAGACAGUAAUGUAGAGCCAGUAGAGGGCCAUGGAGCUCCUUCUAAAAUGGUGGAAACACUUCAGCGCAGAGUUAAGCGUCAAGAGAAUCUACUUCAGCGUUGUAAGAAAACAAUUCAGUCGCAUAAAGAACAGUGCACGCUGUUAACCAAUGAAAAGGAAGCGCUACAAGAACAACUAGAUGAAAGGCUUCAAGAACUAGAAAAGAUGAAGGAGCUUCACAUGGCUGAGAAGACUAAACUUAUCACUCAGUUGCGUGAUGCAAAGAACUUAAUUGAACAGCUUGAACAAGAUAAGGGAAUGGUGAUAGCAGAGACAAAACGUCAGAUGCAUGAAACCCUGGAGAUGAAAGAAGAAGAAAUCGCUCAGCUUCGUGCCCGCAUCAAGCAGAUGACCACCCAGGGGGAGGAGUUACGGGAGCAGAAGGAGAAGUCUGAGAGAGCUGCUUUUGAAGAACUUGAAAAAGCCUUGAGUUCAGCCCAAAAAACAGAAGAAGCACGGAAAAAGAUGAAGGCAGAAAUGGACGAACAGAUUAAAGCUAUUGAGAAAACGUACCAGGAGGAGCGCAUCAGUCUCCAGCAGGAGUUGAAACGGGUGAAGCAGGAGGUGGUGGAUACAAUGAAAAAGUCCUCAGAAGAGCACAUCGCUAAGCUACGGAAGCGUCAUGGAGAGGAGCUGGCCCACAAAGAGCAGGAACUGACCACAAAGUUUCAGGUCCGAGAAAGGGAACUUCAGGAGCAAAUGAAAGUAGCUCUUGAAAAGAGCCAGUCAGAAUAUUUGAAGAUCACCCAAGAAAAAGAGCAGCAAGAAUCUUUGGCCCUGGAAGAGCUAGAGUUGCAGAAAAAAGCAAUUCUCACAGAGAGUGAAAAUAAACUUCAGGACCUUCAGCAAGAAGCAGAGACUUACAGAACUAGAAUUCUUGAAUUGGAAAGUUCCUUGGAAAAAAGCUUACAAGAAGGUAAAAAACAAUCAGAAGAUUUAGCUAUCCAUUUGGAAGCUGAAAAAAAUAAGCACAAUAAAGAAAUCACUAUCAUGGUUGAAAAACACAAGACAGAAUUGGAAAGUCUGCAGCAACAGCAGGAUAACCUUUGGACUGAAAAACUCCAAGUCUUAAAGCACCAGCAUCAGGCAGCAAUGGAAAAACUUAGACAAAAGUGUGAACAAGAAAAGGAAGCACUGUUGAAAGACAAGGAGAGUCUCUUCCAGGCCCACAUAGAAGAGAUGAAUGAAAAGACUUUAGAGAAGCUUGAUGUAAAGCAAACAGAACUGGAAUCGUUAUCUUCUGAGCUGUCUGAAGUAUUAAAAGCCCGCCACAAUCUAGAAGAAGAACUUUCUGCACUAAAGGAUCAAGCAGAUGAAGUGAAGCAGGAAUUAGAGGCCAGGCUGGAUGAACAGAAAAAUCAUCAUCAGCAACAAAUUGACAGUAUCAUUAAAGAGCAAGAGAUGUCUAUCCAAAGAACGGAGAAGGCAUUAAAAGAUGAAAUUAAUCAACUUGGGCUUCUUCUAAAGGAAAAGGACCAGCAUUUAAAAGAGCAUCAGGUUCGUGUGGAGAAUUUAGAGGCAGAUAUCCAAAGGUCUGAAGGGCAACUCCAGCAGACUUCUGCUAAGCUGGAUCUUUUUCACUCAUAUCAAAGUACCUCACAUGAGCAGGCAAAAGCUUACGAGGAACAGUUGGCCCAAUUGCAGCAAAAAUUGUUGGAUUUAGAAGCAGAAAGACUUCUUCUUACCAAACAGGUGGCUGAAGUUGAAAUACAAAAGAAAGAUGUUAGUACUGAGUUAGACACUCACAAAGUCCAGGUGCAGGACUUAACACAGCAACUUGAAAAGCAGAAUAGUGAAAUGGAGCAAAAAGUAAAAUCUCUAACCCAACUCUAUGAGUCCAGACUUCAAGAUAAUAACAUAGAGCAGGAACAGACAAAGCAAAUCUUGAUGGAAAAGGAAAAUUUAAUUUUACAAAUGAGAGAAGGACAGAGCAAAGAAAUUGAGAUACUCAAACAGAAACUGUCAGCCAAGGAGGACAGUAUUGGUAUUUUGCAUGAGGAAUAUGAAACCAAAUUUAAAAACCAAGAAAAAAAGAUGGAAAAAAUUAAGCAGAAAGCAAAGGAGAUGCAGGAAAUGUUAAAGAAGAAGUUGUUGGAUCAGGAAGCCAAACUUAAAAAGGAGCUUGAAAAUACUGUUCUAGAGCUUAGUCAGAAAGAAAAACAGUUCAAUGCUAAAAUCUUGGAAAUGGCACAGGCUAACUCAGCUGGAAUCAAUGAUGCGGUAUCAAGACUGGAAAUGAAUCAGAAGGAGCAAAUAGAAAGUCUUACUGAGGUGCACCAGCGAAAACUCAGUGAUGUCGUAUUAAUCUGGGAAAAGAAACUUAAUCAGCAAGCUGAAGAACUUCAGGAAAAACAUGAAAUUCAGUUACAGGAAAAAGAACAAGAGGUGACAGAACUGAAACAAAAGAUCCUCAUAUUGGGGUGUGAAAAAGAAGAGAUGAACAAGGAAAUAGUGUGGCUGAAGGAAGAAGGUGUUAAGCAGGAUACAGGAUUCAAUGAAUUACAGGAACAGUUAAAGCAGAAGUCUGUUCGUUUGAAUUCUCUCUUACAAAAUGAGAAUACGCUGAAAGCACAACUUGAAAAGCUGGAGGUUGACCUGAAUCAUUCUCUGAAGGAGAAUACUUUCCUUCAAGAGCAGCUAACAAAACUGAAGACACUGUCAGAACAAGAUAAACUUAAGGUUUCUGAGUUGACUGACAAGUUGAAGGCCACUGAUGAUGAAUUCCAGAGUUUGAAAUCUUCACAUGACAAAAGUAAGAAAAGCCUAGAGGACAAAAGCUUGGAAUUCAAGAAACUGUCUGAGGAACUCGCAACACAGCUAGAUCUUUACUGUAAGAAGACUGAAGCCUUAUUACAAGUUAAAACAGAUGAGCUAGUCAACAUUAGUAACAGCAAAAUUAACGUCAUUCUUUCUAGAAUUUCCCAUUGUCAACUCCACACAACUAAAGUUAAGGAGACACUGUUAAUUCAAACCUGCAAAGUUUCUGAAUUAGAAGCACGACUUAGACAGCUAACAGAAGAGCAAAAUACACUAAACAAUUCUUUUCAACAGGCUACCCGUCAGUUAGAAGAAAAAGAAGAUCAAAUUAAGAGCAUGAAGGCUGACAUUGAAGGUCUUGUAACAGAAAAAGAAGCCUUACAGAAGGAAGGAGGCAGUCAGCAGCAGGCUGCCUCUGAAAAGGAGUCUUGUAUCACACAGCUGAGGAAAGAGUUAUCUGAAAACAUCAAUGCUGUCACACUGAUGAAAGAAGAGCUGAAAGAAAAAAAAUCUGAGAUCAGCAAUCUUAAUAAACAACUAACCGACCUGAACGAUCAGCUUCAGAAUAGCGUUAGCAUGACAGAAAAAGACGCAGCCGUUUCAUCGCUAAGUAAGCGACACGAAGAAGAACAGCGGGGAUUGCUGGAGCAGGUGCAGGAUUUAUCUUUGAAAGUUGACACUUUGAGUAAAGAGAAAAUGUCUGCUCUUGAGCAGGUGGAUCACCUGUCCACCAAAUUCUCAGAAUGGAUGAAGAAAACACAGUCAAGGUUUACACAGAGUCAGAAUACUAUUAAAGAGUUGCAGCUGCAGCUUGAGUUAAAAACGAAGGAAGCUAGUGAACAGGAUGAGCAGAUAAAUUUAUUGAAGGAAGAGCUUGGUCAGCAAAAUAAAAGAUUUGAAUGUUUAAAGGGUGAAAUGGAAGAUGAGAAAAGCAAGAUGGAGAAAAAGAAAUGUAAUUUAGAGACUGAGUUAAAAACUCAAACAGCAAGAAUUGUGGAGUUAGAGGAACAUGUUACUCAGAAAAUAGCUGAAAUUGAAUCCUUACACGAAGUCCUUAAAAAUUACAAUCAACAAAAAGAUAUUGAACAGAAAGAACUGGUUCAGAAACUUCAACACAUUCAAGAGUUAGGAGAAGAAAAGGACAACAGGGUUAUAGAAGCUGAAGAAAAAGCCUUAAGACUUGAAAAAGAAGUGUCGUCCAUGAAAUCUGAACUUGAAACUAAGAAAAAAGAAUUGGAACAUGUGAGUUCAAGUGUGAAAAGCAAAGAAGAGGAGUUAAAGGCAUUGGAAGAUAGACUGGAGUUAGAAAGUGCUGCAAAGUUAGCAGAACUGAAGAGAAAAGCUGAACAGAAAAUUGCUGCCAUUAAGAAGCAGUUGUUAUCGCAAAUGGAAGACAAGGAACAGCAAUAUAAAAAAGACAGAGAGAGCCACUUCAGUGAGCUAAAUAUGAAAUUGCAGGAAAGAGAGAGGGAAGUUCUCAUCUUGGAAGAAAAACUUAAGUCAGUAGAAAGUUCACCACAACCAGAAACAUCAGUUGUACCCAGAUCAGCAAAAAAUGUGUCAGUAUGUACCGCUCAAGAAGAAGCAGAUUCCCAAGGCUGUGUGCAGAAGGCGUAUGAAGAAAACAUCAGUGUUUUACAAAGAAAUUUGACUGAGAAAGAGAAGCUGUUACAGAGACUAGAGCAGGAAAAAGAAGAGACACUUUCUUCUUCUUCUGAAAUGCAGUGCAAAUACCAGGAGCUCUUAAUAAAGUUAGAGCAUGCUGAAACAAAGCAACGUGAGGAUCAAGUUAUGAUCAGUAGUCUUAAAGAGGAACUGGAAGAAAGAAACAGGACAUCUUCCUUGAUAGUGUCCCAGCAGUUGGGAGAAGAAGGAGGGGAAAACAGCACAGGGGCAAAGCAAACCUUGGAAAACGCGGUUGACGAUGUCCAGAAAACCCUCCAGGAGAAGGAACUAACCUGUCAGAUCUUGGAGCAAAAGAUAAUAGAGCUGGAUUCCUGCUUAGUAAGAGAGAAGGAAGUACAUAGAGUUGAAAUGGAAGAGUUGACCUCAAAAUAUGAAAAAUUACGGGCUUUACAAGAACAGUUGGAUGGAAAAAAUAAACCCACAGAAGUUCUGGAAGAAAGUGCUGAAAAAAAGUCAAAAUCACAUAUGGCCCAACCCAAAUUGCUUGGUAACAUGGAGGCCCAGCACAAUGACCUGGAAUUUAAAUUAACAGGGGCAGAGCGGGAGAAGCAGAGGCUGGGCAAGGAGGUUGCUAGAUUGCAGAAAGACCUUCGAAUGUUACGGAAGGAGCAUCAGCAAGAAUUGGAGCUAGUAAAGAAAGAAUGCGAACAAGAAAUUGAAGAGAAAAUCAAACAGGAGCAGGAAGAUCUUGAGUUGAAGCACAAUUCCAUGUUAAAACAGUUGAUGAGGGAGUUUAACACACAGCUGGCACAGAAGGAGCAGGAGCUGGAGACAACCGUCAAGGAAACCAUCAAUAAGGCCCAGGAGGUGGAGGCUGAACUUCUGGAGAGCCAUCGAGAAGAGACGAAUCAGUUACAUAAAAAGAUUGCAGAGAAAGAAGAUGACUUAAAAAGAACAGCCAAAAGAUAUGAAGAAAUCCUUGAUGCUCGUGAGGAAGAAAUGACCGCAAAAGUCAUGGACCUACAGACUCAACUGGAGGAGCUGCAGAAGAAAUACCAGCAAAGGCAAGAGCAGGAGGAGAACCCUGGCGGCGAUAAAGUAAUAAUUAUGGAACUACAGGCACAGCUGGCACAGAAGACUGCUCUUAUCAGUGAUUCAAAGUUGAAAGAGCAGGAGUUCAGAGAACAGAUUCACAAUUUAGAAGACCGUUUGAAGAAAUAUGAGAAGAACGUGUAUGCAACAAGUGUGGGGACACCUUACAAAGGUGGCAAUUUGUAUCAUACAGAUGUCUCCCUCUUUGGAGAACCUACCGAAUUUGAGUAUUUGCGAAACGUGCUUUUUGAGUAUAUGAUGGGUCGUGAGACUAAGACCAUGGCAAAGGUUAUAACCAGUGUACUCAAGUUUCCUGAUGACCAGACUCAGAAAAUUUUAGAGAGAGAAGAUGCUCGGCUCACGUUUACUUCACCUCGCAGUGGUCUCUUCUGAGUAAACCGUCAGUCUGUGCUUAGUUAGCAUGUGGUCAUGGCUCCGAUCUUCAUCUUGAAGAAAUGGGGAGAGUGACGUUGGGCAAGCCUGCUGCUUGGAAGACUGUCAACAUUUGUAAUUCUUUGAAAAUGAAGCUGUUAUUCAGGGCCUCUCAUGUAGCCCAAAGACCAAGAGUAAUCUGACGUUGGCUCAGACUGCCUUUAAAGUAGAUUAUGUCAGUGGAGAAACGGUGACAGUUUUUUUCUUUCGUCUUCAGUUUUCUGUUGGGAGGAGUUUUAUGUUGUUGAAAAGAUAUUUUUAAAGACUUAACCUGAUUUAUGAGCUCACUUAGUCUCCCUUCUUCUGUUCUUUUUGUCCCUCUUUGUAGAGAACUGCUUGCCCUUUCCUAUUUAUUUUUAAGGUGAUUUUUUAAAAAGACUUGUGCAAUACAUUUUGAGGUGAAACUUACGGCUUUUUUCUGAUAAAUUAGAGCAUUGAAUCGACUAUUUUAUCCAGGUUGAUUUGUUGAGUAUUUGCUAAAGACUAGCUCUUUAGGCUCUGACAUGAUCAAUCCAAAUGGCGGCACCUCAUUGUUUACUUAGCUUUCUUACUUACACUUUUCAGAGGAGAAAAUACUACUGUAAGUUGUAAAUAGUACAUGAUUGUAUUGUAUGCAGAUCUGUGACUGUGGACAAUGUCAUCUCCAAGGAACAGAUAAAUAAAGUUUAUUUACUAGAUAAAAUUUGCUUGUUGUGCUUCUUCCUGAGUUGAAAUUUAUUUCAGAAUAUGGUCAGGAAUCUGUGUUCUCGCUCCAUGAGUAGAGCGACGCAUGUUUGUCAGGAGAGCCAGAUGCUGAGCAUUUGGAAGAAUUUUUCUCUGUGCUGAAUUAGUAUGACCAAAUUAGAAAACAUAUGGAAAUAAGGAUGUGGUGGUAUCUGUUUUAGCUUCCUGCCAUCUUGGGGUUGCCUUCACUCUCUGGAGUAGACAGAUGGUACUUUGAGUGUUUUUAAACUCAGUGAGAGAAAUUUCUGGACACCAAGAGAUAGGAACUUUCAAAGUGUUUCACAUACCUUUUAUUUUCUAGGAAACACAGUUCUCAAAUAAUACCUGGGUAUCAUCUAACCUCUACCUCAAGGUGGAAUCUCAAUUAUCCAGGUAAGUUGGCAAAACUUAUCCCACUGAAAGGUUUCUGACAACAGACAUGAUUUCUUACCCUUUUUUAUAUCUUUUUCUAGAGUAGAAAUUGUUAACUGUUAGUGAAAUCCCCGUAUAACUUCCUACAAUUUCUUACUAACUCGGUUAUGGAAACAAGCAUAUGAAAAAGAGCAGGGGUCAGCAGCCUUUUUUUCGUA